ACCAAAUAUGGAGGCCAAGAUAGUCGCUUGUGGUGUGUUUUGACAUGCGUUGUGAAAACAGUCGGGCGACCUUGUGCCGCCAAACUUACAGAGUACAGCAUCGAUGUUAAGGGAAGUUCGUGUCAAGGAGGUGACUGCAGGUGCACGGGGGCUAUAAAUGCCUCUGUUAAACCAGUAAAACAUCAUGAAGGUACUGAUUGCUUGAUCAGUAAAAGCCAUAAAGGUUAUCGCAAUUGUGCCGCUAAUCCAAACUUUGGUUGCAUCGGCCAGUGUAUGGAAUGCAACGGCAAAUGUAUGAACUACAGCAGUAUGGUUGAACAGUAUCUGGGCAAAGAUUCUCCUUGCACAGAAGAGAUGGAUCCAAUUGGGUGUUGCACUGUGCUGCAUAUGCGUCAGGAUGAUUACUGUCUCAACGGCGGGAAAUUAUUGUGCGAAGAUGAUAAGAAAGAACCAAUCUGCACGUGUCCGGUGGGAUGGACCGGAUCCCGUUGUGAGAGUCGAAUGAUUGAGAAUGUGACCUGUAUAUGCUUCAAGACCGACAUCACGUGGAACUCUUUCUGUGGGAAAAAUGAUAUGUACAGGUGUACCGACGACGAUAGGCCGGAAAACUGGACAGAGUGCCGACAAAACCGAUGUGUUUGUGAAAAGUCUGAAGUACAUCAUUCUACGAAGUCCUUACCGGAAUGUUCCUUGAAGGAGAUUUCUGUUCCACUCCCAGUGAUAAGGUUUUCAAAUGGAGCUGCAUUGGUCUCGAGGAGUACAGCCAUCACAUUCACCUUUCCAUUAACACUAAUAUACACUAAUAUACAGUAAAAUGUUUCAAGCCAACCAUUUAAUCUGAAACCGAGGGCUGAAACGGUGUUGGGGUAGUAUAAUAUAGCGUGUUUUGACCGAAAAUGCCUUAAAUCAAAAUUUAAUAUAAUAAAAGUCGCAAGUGUUUAAACUCAAAAAAUCAUAUUUUCUGACAGCCAUCAAUCAGAGUCCAGUUGUCUGGCAGUAAAAUAACACAAAUAAACAACUUUGGCAUGUAGACGUAGCGAAAACUUGGCUCUAUCAAUAAUCAAUAAAAACUUUUAGCACAAUGCAUUGAAAAUCCUAAUUUGAAGAACUUAAAUACUAAACUUUUCAUUUUUGAUUACUCGGUCGAGAAGUCGCAACACGGCGAACACCAACAUCCACACUAUAUUAUACGGCCCCAACACCAUUCCAGUCCCUUAUGCGUGCGAUUGUAAAAAAACACGCUCUACUUGUGAUAUUGCCAAACGAUAUAAGAGACAUUGUGCUGUGCUCGACGUAGUUAUUUAAGUGGCAUUAAAUCACAUUCCAAUUGUGGCCAGCUUGUAUACCGCGCGCAGCAAAUAAGACGGCUAGGUGUUCCAUACUAUAGCGACCGCGUUCUGCAGCUGGAGGAGCCGGUAACAGAGUGCGCAUGUGCGUGGAAUCCACGACAACGCAGCUGGCGCACAUGACAAAUCUUGUUCUGACAUGCCAUUGUUGUUUUAGACGGAUUCAAUAGUGUGUGCAGUGUUCAGUUGCAUGACUACCUCAAAUGGACACUAUACAAUGUUUUCUCUCAGUGUCUGUGCGUACAUUUAGUAUUCAUGGUCAGUUAUGUUCUGCCGUUGAUGGGGUAAAACAGUUGAAGUCAACUAACGUAGCCAGUAACAAUGAAUAUAGUGAACAAAUAAUGAAUUCCUAUGACGUAUUGUUUGUGUUCGUGUUCAAACUUGAUUUAUGGCAUUGCACUCAUUAUGGCAUUUAUCGGUUAGCAGUGCGGAAAUAGUGACAAAUAUUCGUUUAAACUUUAUUGAGCCUCGUUAUGGUGAAACUGUGCUAAAUGCAAGUGCCUAAAGUGUUUCCCAGAUUAAGCUCGGUUUGCCAGUACGAAGGCUUUUAUCAUGGAUAUACAUGUAUGCUAAUUUUUUCUACGUUAAUACUUUGUUAUGAUGCGUCUGAUGUGAUUUAUUUUGAAAGAUUGAUUUUGGAAUGAUUGCUUUUUUUAUUUUUGUAUCAUAUUUUGCAUACUUUGUAUUAUUAUAAUCAUCAUCGUCAUCAUCAUCAUCGUCGUCGUCGUUGUCGUCCACGUCGUCGGAAUUGAUAAGGAAGUUAUUAUGACAUUUCAUUGUAUAAUUAUUUUUUCCCUUGUAUGUUCGUAUGCAGGUUUCAAAAUAAAUACUUGUGUUAUGUUACUUAAGACUACAUUGUAAAAAAGAAAUUAUUUCUUAAUGUAAAUUCUUCAUGAAAUAAAGGUAUUAUUAUUAUUAUAAUAAAUAUUAUUAUUAUUAUUAUUAUUAUUAUAUGUGCGGAGACUGUUCGAUGCCUCUUCCGGUGUUCGAGAGACGAAAUACAGGGUUUUCCACUCGAACCCUUCAUUGUUUUUAGAUUCAUAUUAAAGCUAUAAAUUUAAUGCUAACCACCACUAAGCCUUGUGAAAGCCGUUGAUGGGGUAAAAUAGUUGUAGUCAACUAACGUAGCCAGUAACAAUGAAUAUAGUAAACAAAUAAUGAAUUACUAUGACGUAUUGUUUGUGUUCGUGUUCAAACUUGAUUUAUGGCAUUAAACGCAUUAUGGCAUUUAUCGGUUAGCAUUGCGGAAAUAGUGGCAAAUAUUCGUUUAAACUUUUUUGAGCCUCGUUAUGGUGAAACUGUGCUAAAUGCAAAUGCCUAAAGUGUUUCCCAGAUUAUGCUCGGUUUGCCAGUACGAAGGCUUUUAUCAUGGAUAUACAUGUAUGCUAAUUUUUUCUACGUUGAUAUUUUGUUGUGAUGCGUCUGAUGUGAUUUAUUUUGAAAGAUUGAUUUUGGAAAGAUUGCUUUUUUAUUUUUGUAUCAUAUUUUGCAUACUUUGUAUUAUUAUAAUCAUCAUCAUCAUCGUCAUCAUCAUCGUCGUCGUUGUCGUGCACUUCGUCGGAAUUGAUAAGGAAGUUAUUAUGACAUUUAAUUGUAUAAUUAUUUUUCCCUUGUAUGUUCGUAUGCAUGUUUGAAAAUAAAUACUUGUGUUAUGUUACUUAAGACCACAUUGUAAAAAAGAAAUUAUGUCUUAAUGUAAAUUCUUCAUGAAAUAAAGGUAUUAUUAUUAUUAUUAUUAUUAUUAUAAAUAUUAUUAUUAUUAUUAUUAUUAUUAUUAUUAUUAUUAUUAUUAUUAUUAUUAUUAUAUGUGCGGAGACUGUUCGAUGCCUCUUCCGGUUUUCGAGAGACGAACUACAGGGUUUUCCACUCGAACCCUUCAUUGUUUUUAGAUUCAUAUUAAAGCUAUAUAUUUUAUGCUAAUCACCACUAAGCCUUGUGAAAGCAACCAAACUGUGUAAUAACAUUUUCCUUACUCAUGUCUGAAGACAAUCAAUAAAUUAGGCUUUGUUUUACUUCACGAUUCUUUUUGAUAUAAGUGCGUGUAUUUGUAUCAAGUUAUACAUAUCUCCCCGUUUUUUAUAAUUACUAAACAAUAUUUGCAUGAAUAGUAUUCUCGUUUACCUUCGUUGUCCGAGUUAUUGUUACAUGUUAGCGUGGCUCUGAAAACUGGGUUUAUAUAUUUGCGUACAGUUUCAAACCAGAUAAACCUGUGGAGUCCGCACAGGCAUUUUUGGGACGACGCUCUCCGUUGUAUUGUAUUUUUUGUUCAAAGGAAGUCACUCCUGGUCGAAAUUCAUGUUUCGGUGAAACGUUUCGUCCCUGAUUAGCCUGUGCGCACAUGCAUUAAGCCCCGUUUUCCCAGAGCUAAGAUCCUAAUAUAUGUUUAUCGUUAAUGUUAUAAUAAUACAACUAGAUGUGUACGUCUCGGAUUGGUGCUUCUUUUAUAUUUUUUAAAGUACGAUGAUUACUGUAUAGUAUUAAUUGUGUUCGCUAUGUAAUGGAUCGUUGAAAUAAAGUUACUCUUCUCUA